CAUUGAUGAAGCAUGCAGUGUCCGUGCCCCUUGCCAUCUCGGCCAUCGCGGCUGGGCCUGCAAAGGGUGGAGGCUGGGAUGGAGGUUUCGAGUCCUUCAUCCACUGUGCUCACAGUGAGCCUUACCAGAAUUUCUUCAAUGUGCUCUCGCAGAAUGGCUGGCAGAGUGCGCAGACCUUCCAGAGUGCAUACAACAUGUACAACCAGCUGGAUCUCACGUACGGAGAAGAGAUCAGGGAUAUGGCCUGGCACACAACCCUGCAGGUGUCGCCGGGUGUGGACCGUUGGAUGCUCCGCCAGGUUAUGAUUCUCGCGGGCUUGUUUGGAGUCGAGUCGUCCUCCGAGCUCAGCUUUUCGGAGUACCUAGAGAGGCACGGGGAGCCUGGAGAAGUCCAAGACUUGGACUGCGCCUACGGCUUCAUGGCAUUGCAAUACGCCGUGCUGGUGGGCUUGCAGCUCAUGGGUCGAGAACAGCUCCGGGAUGAGGUAUCCAACGCCAUGACAGCUACCAUCGAGGUUCUAUUGCACGCCCCAUACUACACAUACGACUUUCUAGAGAGUUCUUCCUGGAACUUCUCCCUUUACGACAUAGCAGUGAACCUGGGCGCGGAGAAACACUAUGGGUCCUUCUCACAGUACCAGGAAGAGCAUCCAGUGCCGCUGCCGCAGCUGCAACCCUGGCACAAUGCAGAGCUGAGACCGCAGGCGGGUGCCAGGGCGGGCGCAGCGAGGCCGUUAAGGAUUGCCAUGCUGCAGUUUCACGACGGCACGGCCAACGAGUUGCUAGCGAGCAUCAAGGCAGCUCUGCACGGCUUGUGGGGCUUGCAACUGCCGGAGCCGGAGCUUCAGCUGGAGCUCUUCUUCACGCAGGUGAAGGCGUUGAGAGGUACUGCCCUUGGUGCUUGGCUGAUGGAGCACACCAAGGCAGAUUUUAAGACCUUGAAGGCCAUGAGGCACGACGUUCAAGAGGGCAAGAUGUCCAUGGAGGAAGUUGGCAAGGUGUGGCUGCCGCGUGCAGCGCCGGGCCUGCGGGAAGCGGAGCUGGUGAUUUGCAGCGAGCCCAUGUGGCUUUGUCCAUACCUGGAGCUCAGGCCUGGGCAGGCCAUGGUUGGAGUUCUGCACAUGGCACUCCUCAACGAGUUUCCGAGCACACGGCCUGAAGACCUGUGGAGCUUUUGGUCUCGCUUCAACCACAUGCUGGAAUCACGCACACUGAUUCCCUCUGUUAGCUGCCGCAUCACCCAAGCGCAGGUAGUCUACCAGAGCGGCUGGCGCCUGCCCUACGUGCCCUUCGUCGGCCUUGGUGUGGAUGCCAGGUAUCGUCCAUCAGAGACGCGCAGGGCAUUAGUGUUCCGCAACAAUCGCCAGAAUACGUUGGCCUUCCGAAGCGCCUUGCGCAUGUUUGUGGCUGAAGUGCCAAGCCCCGUGGAGAUCAUGGACAUGAACGACCUGAAGAGUGCUGUGACCUUCGAGAAGAUUGCCGAAUUCCAUGCGGUGGUGUUUCUGCCACAUGGGCCAAAUGCUCUCCGGCUCUCGGACAUUUAUGCUGCCAGCAUCCCCGCGGCUGUGCCCGAGGAGCCGAUGAUCCAGAAGUUUAUUUGGAGCAGCCGCACGUUCGGAGGAUACGAUGCGGAGGCCUCUUGUUUGCUCCGUGCCCCUGCAGAGCUGCGGCGGCCCGCGGCGGAGUAUCCUUUCCAUCCCACCAACUACCUGCAAUCCUGGUCCAUACAUCGCUUCAUUGACGACAGGCGGUAUUGGUACCAGUACACUGAGUGGGCCACCCUGCCCCAUUUGCUGCGCUUCUCAUCUAUUAGCUCACUGGUGCAGCGCCUGGCGGCCCUCACGCCGGAGGAAGGGGCAGCUGUGGCUAUGCGCAUGGCCCGGCAUCACGUGCACAUGGUGGCGGAUGCCCAAUCCUGGUGGCGCCUGGCAUUGGCUGCCGCGAUGUCUUGACCCGCAGCGCAUAGAUGAUUUACAGCUGGUGUAGCCUUUUCGGAAGAGAGUUGAUGUUCAGGGCCGAAGUCUGCAAAGCCACUACUGAACAGCUUGCAGGCAGCAGCUGGUGUGGUUCCAAAGAGUCCACGGCUUUAGAAGUGUGUUGCUGCCGGGGUCGAUCAAGAUGGUCCCCCGCAAUGUCAAGAGUAAAUGCUCCAGUGGCAGGUGCAUGGCGAUGGUUUCAA